GAAUUGUGUCCGAAGUUUUCUCCAUUAUGAAUGGGAGAAAAUUAAAAAGUUAAAGUUGAGCAAGGCCAGUCAUCGUUCUUCUUCUUCUUCUCUUGCUGGAACAACAACAGUAGCAAAGACAGACAGACAGACGUGAUGAGAAGGAGGGGAUUAAAAAAGAAAGAGUAACAGUAAUGUGAGACGACUUCUGGGUUCGAUCUUUUCUCCCAUUUCAGAGGGUAAGAAAACAGAGCAAAGCCAAACCCCCCUUCUUCUUCUUCUUCUUCUUCUUCAUCUUCCCUCCAUUCCACCAAAUUUCUCUAGCCGAAAGGGUUUUCUCACCCCCGCUUUUUGACUUUCUCUUUCAGACUUCCCCCCAUUAACUUCCCAUUUCAACCCGAAAAAACAGAGAACCCAGCAGCCAAAGCAUUUCCCAUUUCCCGACCAUGUGUUCAGAAACCGCGCCUCGGCUCUCCUUCUCUAGAGAUCCCGCCGACGAUAAUGAAUCCCCAACGCCGGAGCAGCAACAGUGGAGGAGGGACGCCAACCUCCUCGAUCAUUAUUCCAACCCCACCACCGCCACUCUUACUCCCACCGCCGAUCAGCCGUUUGAGUUCAGCGUCUCCAGCAACUCCGGCGAUCAAUACUCAUCCUCCUCCGCCGACGAGCUCUUCGCCGACGGCAUCAUCCUCCCCUUCCACCGCCGUCACACCACCUCCUCCGCCACCACUUUCAACUGCUCCGCCGCCCACCGCCGGGCACAGAGCUUCGACCAUCCGAAGCUUCCGCCUUUAGCUCCUCUGCCUCCUCCGUCAAAGAAAUCGGCUGCUCCGGCUCCGGAAUCUGAAGAUCAAUCGAGGGCGUCUUCCGAUCACAAUCAACAUCAAAACCAGCUGCAACCUUCAUCGUCGUCGAAAUCGUUCUGGGGAUUCAAGAGGAGCAGCAGCCUAAACUGCGACCUCAAGAAAACCCUAAUUUGCUCCCUGCCCCCGCUUCUGGCCCGGAGCAAUUCGACCGGUUCGGUCCCUCCAAUUCCCAAAAAAUCAAUUCAGAAACCUGAUUUCCAUCCUACCCACAAGCCAAUUAUUUCCCACAAGCAACCAUCUUCAUCAAAUAGUAGCUCUGGGUAUGUGUAUUCAUUCCCGCAGAAGCCUCCCCUGAAGAGGAACCCGUACGGAUCAUCAUCUUCUUCUUCUCACCAUUAUCCCAACGGUACGGCCCGAAUCAGCCCUGUUCUCAACGUCCCGAUCUCAAAAGGAACCGCUAAUCUGUUCGGGUUCGGCACCAUGUUGAUGGGCAAAGAGAAGAAGACCAGAAAGUGAAUUACUUUGCUUUUCGUGUUUAAAGAGUAUUGUUGAUUGAUGGGGGAUGCUAUUAAGUUAAAAAUGGUUUCUGAGAUUUGUGAGUUUUGGGUUCUGUUUUUGCUUGUUUGAUUAUUAUUUGUUAAUCAGCUGGGAGGGGGAGAUCAGAAGAAGAAGAUUAUCCUCUAAUCAUCUUCUUUCUUGUCUUUUUUCUUGCUUAAUUAAUUGAGAAGUUUGUACAGAAGGGAUGAGAACUUGAGAAGAGUUGUUGGAAAUUGGAAUGAUGAUGAUGACGACGAUGCUUCUGUUUGCAUAAUUAAUUGUCAUUGGAGCAGCAGACAAAUCUUCUUCUAAUUCCUCCAUGCUCUCUCUCCCUCUCCCUCUCGCUCUAAUCCUGUGUUUUGUCUUCGUCUUUCUUUGUUUGAUUUGUUUUCUUUGAUAGAAGAAGGGAUUGGUCUUUGUUUUGUUUUCUUGCUUAGAUUGUGCUUUUCUAUCUUUUUCAGCUGGAUUAGUUUAGAGAAAGGACAUGGAGUUAAGCUAUUUAAUUUGGUCCCCUAAAAAAAGCAUUUGGAAAAUGGAGGCGUUGACCAACUAUAGCUUUAUUGCAUCUCUAAUAGAAUGGUAAAUAUGCA